AUGGGCUACGCCAGACUAACUUCUGCCCGCAUGUUUUUUGAUGAUGGUUCGCUCGUAAGUCGCAUUAAAGAUCAGGUUCACAUGUCCUCACAAUUCUUCAUGUACGGGAGUAUUGACACCUACCCCAACCUGUCUCUUGUUUGUCUAGCUAACAGUCCCACGCCGUCCUCAGUGUCAGCGGACACAGGCAGCAUCACCAUCACCAGGACACAGGCAGCAUCACCCAUCACGGGACACAGGGAGCACCAUUACAGGACACGGCAGCAUCAUCACCAAGACACACGGAGCACCAUCACCAGGACACAGGCAGCAUCAUUACCAGGACAUAGGCAGCACCACCAUCACCAGGACACAGGCAGUCCACCAAGACACACGGAGCACCAUCACCAGGACACAGGCAGCAUCAUUCAGGACAGGCAGCACCACCAUCACCAGGGACACAGGCAGCAUCACCAUCACCAGGACACAGGCAGCAUCAUCACCAAGACACACGGAGCACCAUUGCCAGGACACAGGGUGCACAUUACCAGGACACAGGAGCACCAUCAAUACACGGGCACCUCAGGACACAGGGAGCACCACCAUCACCAGGACACAGGGAGCAUCAUCACCAAGACACACGGAGCACCAUCACCAGGACACAGGCAGCACCAUUACAAGGACACACGGACACCAUACCGGACACAGGACACAGGGAGCAUCAUCCCAAGACACAGGCAGCACCAUUACCAGGACACAGGAGCACCAUUCAAGACACAGGGAGCACCAUUACCAGGACACAGGGCACCAUCACUAGGACACAGGGGCACCAUUCAGGACACAGGGAGCACCAUCACCAGGACAGGGAGCACCAUACCAGGACACAGGAGCACAUCCCAGGACACAGGGAGCACCAUCACCAGGACACAGGGAGCACCAUCACCAAGACACAGGGAGCACCAUUACCAGGACACAGGGAGCACCAUCACCCAGGACACAGGGACACCAUCACCAGGACACAGGAGACACAGGGGCACCAUCACCCAGGACACAGGGAGCACCAUCACCCAGGACACAGUGAGCACCAUUACCCAGGACACAGGGGCACCAUCACCCAGGACACAGGGAGCACCAUCACCCAGGACACAGGGGCACCAUCACCAGGACACAGGGAGCACCAUCACCAAGACACAGGAGCACCAUUACCCAGGACACAGGGAGCACCAUUACCAGGACACAGGAGCACCAUUACAGACACAGGGAGCACCAUCAGAAGUGUGUUCACUGGUCAUUAUAAUUCACCAAGUCAUGUACAGACUACACCACGAGUCUCUACUGAAGAAAUAUGCUAAUGUAUACAAACCUCUGAUCACCUGA